AUGACGAUUCCCGUCCAGACAAUCACCUACUUCCGCACCGCCUUCUCUCCCUUCUCUCGGCUCUCCCGGCCCUGUCGCCUCGCCCUCAAUCUCCUGCAGAACCCAACAACUGCGCCCGCCAACAGCGCGGCACACAUCGACAUCCAAGUCACACAUCUUCCGCGAAAUUCGACGCAGCUUCCGGAGAUAACAGUCGGUUUCAAGGGCGGGAAGGAGAUCAAGCUCGAGGUCGGGAAGCGGCAGAUGAAGAUCGGGGAUGUGGUUGAUGAGAUCUCGCGAGUGGGGAGACUCAUAGAGAGAGAGGAGAGUCUGAAGGUGAGGGAGCUGGACAAUGCUGCGUGUCGACCCCUUUCCAAUACCAAUGGCCAAGAGAAGCAAAUUCCAAAGCCGAGAUGCAAGAUCGAGUCAUCUCGCAUUGACUUUACAUCCCUCGCAAGACUUGGUUUUGCAUAG